AUGCUUCACGAUCUCAUCGCAUGCUUUCUGGGGAAUGAUACCAAGUCUUGCUUGUGCUUUGACCAUAUGUUGGAGACAUCCGGUGUCGAGACGACGUUGCCAAAGAUUGCUCUUGGGCCGAUCAAUGUUGUCCAAGGAUGCAAGUCAGGCAGUCUUGUAUUUCAUGUCAGGAUCGCGGUCUAUGGCAUAUACAACCACGCGCAAUAUGGUCAUCUUAAGGUUCCAAUGGCAGCCACCUCGCUCUUUUUGCAGAGACGGACAGAACACGUUGCUCCUGUCUUGACAUAUCCAGGACCAGCGACAGCCAAACAUCCAAACAACUGUACGUGA